AUGUUAGGUGAAGUAACUGACAACAGCAACAGAGGCAGAGCCUUCUCUCUUCUUGGAUUGUCCAUGGGCAUUGGGUCCAUUUGUGGGCCAAUGGUCGGCGGACUCCUUAGUCAACCAGCUCUGACAUUUCCCUCUUGGUUCGACACACCCUUUUGGCGGGAAUACCCUUUCCUAUUGCCUUGUCUUGUUAGCGCCGCGGUUAGCACAAUUGGAUUUACUAUCGGGUAUUUCAACCUCAAGGAAACACUCAUAAGAAACAAGAAUGGUCCCGAAGUAUGCGACAACGAGAAUAGUCCUCUAUUGCCGCAUGCCAACCGAAGCAAUGCAAGGCGUCCGGCAUUGACUCGACUCACGCUUCUUUCGCUGUAUGCUUUUGCGUCAUGGGCAUUUCAACAAAUCAUCUUUGACGAGACGUAUCCUCUAUACGCCUCUACUUCUCUCGGGCGUGGUGGACUGGGGUUUCAGUCAAAAGAUAUUGGCGUCAGCCUAUCGAUGCUGGGCAUAUUAACUUUAUUUAUCCAAAUAUUUAUCUAUCCACGCCUGGAGCGGAAAUACGGGGCCUUGUAUCUUUAUCGUGCAGCGCUCCUGGGACUGAUACCAGCAUUUGUCGCGGUACCCUUUGUUAAUGCUAUUGCCAAAGCGAGAGGGUCCGAGCGUGGGCGUACCGAGGAUGGCCAAAUCGAUUGGCUGGUAUGGGGUGCAUUGAUGAGCUGUCUUGGGUGGAGAAUAUUUUUUAAUGUCGUAUCAUUUACGAGUGUUACCAUUCUGGUCAAUAACUCUGUCACCGACCCCGCAAAUCUUGGAACUGUGAAUGGAGUUGGUCAAUGCGCGGCAGCAGGUGUCAGAACUAUCGGACCUGCUCUCGCGGGAGCCAUCUGGUCAUGGUCCCUCAGCAGCUCACUCCCUCUCAAGCACCACCUGGUCUAUCAUAUUCUCGUUGUACUGGUUCUUGUUCAGUUUGUAGAAGCGCUGUUUGUGAUUGAUGGCAAGGGGCUCUCUGCAUUCGAGACUGAAAGUGUGCCUGAGAGUAGCUUUUCAGACAGUGAAUGUAGCAUAGAGAUAGAAGGUUGA